UUUGCUAUCGAUUAUAAUCAGCGCACAUUCCAAUGUCCACUAGCAGAGUCACACCCACUGACAUUGAACUCAAAGAGGCUCUAAAAUCUCUCAAAUCCUCAAAUCCGACCCUAGGAGUCCCCAAAAUACACGCUCUUCUCCUCCAAACACAUUCCGAAUGGCUCGUCAGUGAAAAACGGACCCGGAAAUUCCUCCAAAACGAGGGUCUGGUACUUUCAGCAGACCCGAACGGAAAUUCAUUCCAGGAUAAAGGGAAAGCACCUUAUCCUUCUUCGCGCAUUAUACCCAAUCUUGACGUUGGAAAAUGGUCGACCAAGGUGGAAGUCAAGUAUUUCAAUAAACGUAAAGGAAAGGGUCUUGUGGCGAAGGAAAAAAUUGUUGAAGGGGAAACCGUUUGGAAAGAGGAUCCGUUCAUUAUAGCACCUGAAUGGGACAUAUAUGACCUUCAGGUGCAGUCAAACGCAUGUAGCCAUUGUACUACGCCUUUCUCUUCCACAGUCAGUGCUUCUCUAGUGACUUCUUGCCCUUCGACAUCAUCUUUCGCCUCGAGCUCAAACAAUUGUCCCGCACGGUUCUGUAAUCGUCUAUGUCAGGCGCGUUCUGCAAAACACCAUCCCCUUCUCUGUCCUUCUCAAAACCCCGCGUCGAUCCCCUUAAUGAAAUGGACGCGUGAAAUACAAUGGUUGGCCUUACACGCGUUGGCCCAGCUGACUAGUCGACUCAUGUUGGCUAAUCAGAUCGACACCAAGCUGGCUGAAGAAGAUUGGCGGACAUAUAGUAGUUUAGCACAGAUGAGUUUGGCAGAUCGAGUCAAGUAUUCUUUGAACGACACUGAUACCCAUUCCGAUGCCGUGAACCAGCCUGGAUGGAAAAAGGCCUUCGAGUUGUAUAUCCAAGCCUUCCGACAUCCUGUAUCUGCUACUGAUCAAAAGAAACUCAUAAAAUUGUACAAAAAACCACUCAAGCCGGAGAUCGAACGGGAGUUGUUCGAAUACGACGGUUUUCUUCGAGGUUUAGGGCGUAUGAGUCUUAACUUAGAAGCUCAUGGUGGUUUGUACACUUUUCACUCUCACUUGAAUCAUUGUUGCUCUCCCAACAUUUCCGUUCGCCACCUCGAUCGCAUGUCUCUGUACCGCAUCACCAUCAUCGCUUUGCGCGACAUACAAGUUGGAGAAGAACUCAAUGUUACCUAUGUCAAUCCUCAAGGUGGUGUACGUGCCAGGCAGAAUGAGCUUGAACAAUGGGGAUUUGGCAAGUGUGUGUGUGAAAGGUGUGUGAGAGAAGCGAAGGAGUUGAGAGACAAGGGAGAAGAUUUUGACAAUGUCAACGGCGAUACUUUCGAAAUGAAGGACCUCGAGAAGGAGUUGAAAGCAGGUUUAGGAGUCUUGUGAUGAAUUUGGAACCUUCGCUGUAUCUCGACCGUCGUGGUGGUAUUUCGCCACUUUUUUUGGCCGUUCCUUGUAAUUCAUAGUCGUGUU